UAUAAAUUUAUAAAUUAUUUCCAUAGCGAUGGUUUAAUAUGUCAUAACUUCAGAGGAUAUUCAUAAAAGGAAGGAUAAUGAUGCUUAUUUCAGACUAAAUUAUCUUUAUUAGGCUUCACUAUUAUUUUAAGAGUCGAAUAUAGAAUAUGCUUAAUUCAUGAAGCAGUAAAUGCAAAAGAUUGCUGAGAAGGUACCAAUAAGAUUGACUCCAUAACUAAAGCAUACUCAUUGUAAAAAAUGUUAAUGCCCAAUAGUUUAGGGUGAAUUAAAAUUUAAAAAAAUAUGCAACAAAUUAUUUAUCAUAAAAAGUUGCCCAAAUUGUAAAUUUUAGAGAAAAAUAUUCAUAAAAAGAUUGAAGGUUUUGGAAUUGCUUUAAGAAAAGAAUUGAUAGAGAUUAAUUGAUUUUUAUAAUAAUUGG